CACAGGACAAGAAACGCCCAGUCACACUCCAAACUGCACCUGAUAAUUAUCUUUGACCACUUUCUUUGAAGAAGAAGCUAGUCCAAAUAAUGGACGGGUUUCCACGAUCCUAAUCUAAUUCGUUGAGGAUUGUCGGAUUGCGACGACCUCCUAUUACCACCUUUUUUCUCAUCUCCCCUAAUCUAAGAAUUCCGAAUUUGGCAAUUCUGCUUUCAGGGACAAUUUAGGGGUUAAGGACGAUUCUGCUUUCGGGUUUUCGUAAAUCAUUCUUCGUGGUUGCACCAGCUACACAGAGUCGCUCGAUGGGGUCUAUGAUGGCAGAGAGUGACAUGAAGACACUAGAGGAAUCGAAGCCAAAGGAACCGAUUCUGUAUGUUAAUGGGGUCCGUCGAAUUUUGCCUGACGGAUUGGCCCACCUCACACUUCUAGAGUAUCUCAGAGACAUAGGCCUGACUGGUACAAAGCUUGGGUGUGGUGAAGGAGGUUGUGGAGCAUGCACUGUGAUGAUUUCUUACUUCGAUCAAAAUUCAAAGAAAUGCGUGCAUCUUGCAAUUAACGCGUGCUUGGCUCCUUUGUAUUCUGUUGAAGGAAUGCAUGUUAUUACAGUCGAGGGAAUUGGUAAUCGUAGAUAUGGUUUGCAUCCAAUCCAGGAAUCAUUAGCGAAGUCACAUGGCUCACAAUGUGGAUUUUGCACCCCGGGUUUUAUUAUGUCCAUGUAUGCGCUGCUGAGAUCAUCUGAAAUACCACCCACAAAAGAGGAUAUUGAAGAAAGCCUUUCAGGCAAUUUAUGUCGAUGCACAGGCUACAGACCGAUAGUUGAUGCAUUUCGUGUAUUUGCAAGAACAGAUGACACCUUGUACACCAACACAUCCUCCUCGGACCUUUCAGAUGCAAAUUUUACUUGCCCUUCCACUGGUAAGCCGUGUUCUUGUGGGAUGAGUAUUAGGAAUGAUAAAGAUACGAGUCAAAAUGGUAUAUGCCACAGCAACAAUCUGAAGCCGAUCUCUUUCAGUGAUAUUGAUGGAGCUGCAUUCACCGAUAAAGAGCUUAUUUUUCCUCCAGAGCUUUUGAUGAGGACAUUAACUACUUUAAGUUUGGAGGGUGCAAAUGGGCUUAAGUGGUAUCGGCCAUUGAAGCUUCAGCAUGUACUUGAUAUAAAGGCUAGAUAUCCUCAUGCUAAAUUACUUGUUGGUAGCACAGAGGUAAGUAUUGAGACAAGGCUUAAAAGUUUCCACUAUCCAGUUUUGAUCCAUGUUGCCCAAGUGCCGGAACUUAAUCAAUUGACCAUAAAAGAUGAAGGCUUGGAGAUUGGUGCUUCAGUUAAACUUUCGGAACUGGCCAAAACAUUAAAGGUAGCUUUAGAUCAGCGUGCUUCUUUUCAAACUUCAUCAUGUAGAUCCAUCCUUGAACAACUGAGAUGGUUUGCUGGUGCUCAAAUAAGAAAUGUAGCAUCUGUUGGUGGAAAUAUUUGCACUGGCAGUCCUAUCUCAGAUCUCAAUCCCCUGUGGAUGGCUGCUGGGGCAAGUUUCGAAAUAUCUGAUUGUAGAGGAAAUAGGCGGACAUGUGCGGCAGUAAAUUUCUUUCUGGGUUAUCGCAAAGUGGAUCUGGCAAGUGAUGAGAUUCUUGUUUCUGUUUUUCUCCCUUGGAAUCAGCCAUAUGAAUUUGUGAAAGAAUUCAAGCAAGCUCACAGGAGAGAUGAUGAUAUUGCUAUUGUGAAUUCUGGAAUGCGUGUGCGCCUGGAAGAGAAGAAUGACAAAUGGGUGGUUUCUGAUGCAUCCAUUGUUUAUGGAGGAGUCGCUCCCUAUAGUAUUUCUGCAAAGGAAACAAGUGAAUUUUUGAUAGGGAAGUGCUGGAACAAAGAGCUGUUGCAGGGUGCUCUGAAAGUACUGCAGAAGGACAUUUUACUAAAGGAAGACGCCCCAGGAGGGAUGGUAGAGUUUAGGAGAUCUUUAAUACUAAGUUUCUUCUUUAAGUUUUUCCUGUGGAUCUGUCAACAAGUGGAUGAACAUAUGUCUUCUGAUGAGAAAGUUCCAGCAUCUCAUCUUUCAGCAAUAAAAUCAAUUCACUACCCUUCUGUUAUGGGAACUCAGGAUUAUGAUAUUGUAAAGCGUGGUAGUGCUGUUGGAGUUCCUGAAAUGCAUCUCUCAGCAAAACUCCAGGUUACAGGUGAGGCAGAGUAUACAGAUGAUGUUCCUAUGCCACCUAACAGUUUACAUGCAGCACUGGUAUUGAGCAAAAAACCCCAUGCUCGUAUACUUAAGAUAGAUGAUGAAGCAGCAAGAUCAUCUCCUGGGGUUGCAGGAAUUUUCUUUUCCAAGGAUAUCCCAGGGGAACACAUGAUUGGGCCAACUAUUUUAGAUGAGGAACUUUUUGCUUCUGAGAUUGUGACAUGUGUGGGGCAGGUUAUUGGAGUUGUGGUGGCUGAUACCCAUGAAAAUGCAAAGCUUGCUGCUCGAAAAGUCAACAUUCAAUAUGAAGAACUACAAGCAGUCUUAUCCAUUGAAGAUGCUCUCAAAUCUAAUAGUUUCCAUCCUAAUACUGAAAGAUGUCUUGUAAAAGGGGAUGUUGAACAUUGCUUCUCAUCUGACCAAUGCGAUAAGAUUGUAGAAGGAAAGGUGCAGAUAGGGGGUCAGGAGCACUUUUAUUUGGAGCCAAAUAGUACUCUAAUAUGGACUAGCGAUGCAGGAAAUGAAGUUCAUAUGAUAUCAUCUACACAAUGUCCUGAGAAACACCAAAAAUAUGUUGCUCGUGUUCUUGGUCUCCCAAUGUCCAAAGUGGUCUGCAAGACCAAAAGACUUGGGGGUGGAUUUGGAGGGAAAGAAACCCGGUCUGCUUUCCUGGCUGCUAUAGCUGCAAUUCCUUCAUAUUUGCUGAAUCGUCCUGUGAAGAUUACACUAGACAGGGAUGUAGACAUGAUGAUAACCGGACAACGCCAUAGCUUUCUCGGGAUGUAUAAGGUUGGUUUUACGAAUGAUGGAAAAGUACUUGCUUUGGAUCUUGAAAUCUACAAUAAUGCUGGAAACUCGCUUGAUCUUUCACUUCCGGUGCUUGAGCGUGCAAUGUUCCAUUCAGACAAUGUGUACGAGAUUCCGAAUGUUAGGAUUAAAGGAAAGGUCUGCUUCACUAAUUUUCCCAGUAAUACUGCUUUCCGAGGCUUUGGCGGCCCACAGGGCAUGUUAAUUACUGAAAAUUGGAUUCAAAGAAUUUCCAUGGAAGUUAAUAGAACUCCGGAAGAAAUUAGGGAGAUCAAUUUUCAAAAAGAGGGAUCAGUUUUGCAUUAUGGUCAAAGAAUUGAACAGUCCACCGUGGAACGUCUAUGGAAUGAAUUGAAGAUGUCCACAGACAUUUUGCAUGCUCGCAAAGAAGUUGAGCUAUUCAAUCUUCAAAAUAGGUGGAGGAAGCGGGGAAUAGCUAUUGUUCCGACAAAAUUUGGCAUCUCUUUCACUGCCAAGUUUAUGAAUCAGGCAGGUGCUCUUGUUCACGUGUACACAGAUGGAACUGUGUUGGUCACACAUGGUGGUACAGAGAUGGGGCAAGGUUUACAUACAAAAAUUGCACAGAUUGCUGCUUCUUCCUUCAAUAUUCCACUCAGCUCUGUAUUUAUAUCAGAGACAAGUACAGAUAAGGUUCCAAAUGCCUCCCCAACAGCUGCUUCUGCAAGUUCUGACAUAUAUGGUGCAGCUGUUUUGGACGCAUGUGAACAAAUAAAAGCACGAAUGCAGCCUCUAGCUUCCCAACAUAAAUUUGGCUCAUUCACUGAGCUUGUCAAGGCCUGCUACAUGGAGCGAAUAAACCUUUCUGCUAAUGGGUUUUAUAAGACACCUGAUAUUGGCUUUGACUGGACAACUGGUAAAGGGUCUCCAUUCAGAUAUUUCACUUAUGGAGCUGCAUAUGCGGAAGUUGAGAUUGACACAUUAACUGGAGACUUCCAUACAAGGAGGGCUGAUGUGAUUUUGGAUCUUGGAAUAUCUCUAAAUCCAGCACUUGAUGUUGGACAGAUUGAAGGGGCAUUUGUGCAAGGUCUUGGGUGGGUAGCUCUUGAAGAGCUGAAAUGGGGUGAUGCUGCUCACAGGUGGAUACCAGCAGGAUGUUUGUAUACAUCCGGGCCUGGUAAUUACAAAAUUCCUUCCAUUAAUGACGUCCCCUUCAAAUUUAACAUCUCCCUUCUCAAGGAUGCUCCUAAUGAUAAGGCCAUCCACUCAUCCAAAGCAGUGGGAGAGCCCCCAUUUUUCCUUGCCUCAUCCGUUUUCUUUGCCAUCAAGGAUGCUAUCAUAGCUGCACGGGCUGAAGUAGGCCUCACUGAGUGGUUCCCUUUUGACAAUCCAGCAACUCCUGAACGUAUUCGAAUGGCUUGUGUGGAUGAAUUCACGAAACCGUUCUGCGAUGCUGAUUUCCGCCCUAAACUCAGUGUUUAGGAUCAGUCCUAGAUUGUGGAAUAACAGCCUUCUUUGUAAUUGUGUCUGUAAGUUGUUCAGACUUCUGAUCACAUUCAGACUAUAAGUUGUUCCCUAGAUCGUAUGUAUCAUAUCAAUAAAGAUGUUCCACAAAGAAUGACUUCCUAACAAUGUGUUGGGUAGUAUUUCUAACUAUUGUAUGUAAUGAAAACUGCAAAUAAAAAUCUAUUCUGCUGUAUGAAGUGAGUCUAUGCCGAUAUGUGCUCAUAUUUUACAUGGUCAUAUCUUGUUUAAUAUUGACAAGGGUUUA